AUGAAAAACAACACCCGACAACAAUCGCGAACGCUACAGCGGAACAACCUCGACAACAACAACAACAACAACAACAACAACAACAACAACCAUCAUGUCUGCUUCAUUGGCAAGAAAUUGAAAGAGGUGAUUCAGGAAUUGGAGAAAAAGACCCCGCCCACAUCCGACGAUCAUCCCUUGGUUGUGGUCGCACCCGCUCCACCAGAACAGCUGCAGCAAGGUCAACAAGAUGAAGCUAUCAACGAAUUAGUGACGGCCGUGAAAGGUUUGGGGCUGUCCAUGCAUGCGAUGCAAGAGCAACUACCGUCUGUCAUUUUGGGGUAUGUGGUUACACCGUCCACCGCUUCUCGAGACCGCAAGGUCUCAGCCAAAAUCUUCGAAGCUGUGGGUUUGCCACUUAGGCCAGUAGAAGAUUCAGACGAAUAUUCUCUGCCUGAAACCCUAGCAAGCGACAGCCGAUGGAAAUUUAGUUGGGCGUGGAGCACAAAUGAGAAUGAUGACAGGGUACUUGAGCGUACCUCCUAUGCACCAGUCCUCCAGUUCCUUCGCAGUCUUGAUAUACUGGCAGAAGACGUGUCGGAUGGACAGCACUGCAUAGAAAAAAUUCUAUACAAUUCGGAGAUCUAUACUCAGCGAAAACAGAAUCCACUGCAAGUCAGAGGACAAAGAGUGUUUAACUGGCAUCGGGUUGUUGGAAGGACAGAUAUUGUUGCCUUGACUCAAGACAGAAACAGUGGAGAUAUCAUUCGAAGCAUGGUGAAAUUUGCAGUUGAAAUAAAAACAACAGAGGGCUUGCGAAGGUCACAAGAUGGAUGUCUGUUUGAAGCACAACUUCAGUUGAUCGGGCUCAAUGCAUUCAAUGUGUUUGUGUCACCACCAGUGGUGCUGACCAACCUCGUGAGGACUCAUCAGGUCUUGUAUCUUGCCUACAAAGACGAUUGUUGGGGGUAUGUGAUCAGAAGGAAAAAAUGUAGCUCGUUUCCUGCUGCUAUCCAUUUUGCUCAACAAAAGGGAUCCGAGGCUUCAAUUUCCGACGAUUUCUCGCGGCCAAUGACACCGGACCCAGAAAGCAUCUAG